GCACGGCGCCGUUUCUAUCAGAUUUUGCAGCUCGAUGUCACAAUUGCUCUGAUUGAGCUACUGUCGCGUGCGCAAAUAGUUGAGCAGUUUUGAAAGGACUUCCAUUCAUGAACUUCCACGUAUCCUUUGCAGAUCCUUUGCAGAUAUAUUGCCGUGUAUUGUAUGUGCUCUUUCAUUACUUCCUAUUAACAAACUACGCCUGGAUGUUCUGCGAGGAUCUCUAUUUGCACACCUUACUGGUAAACGCAUUCACCAACGAGCACAAAUUAGUGAAUUGGCUGAUUGGACUCGGAUUGUCGGUGCCGGCUGUAAUCGUCACCUUGUACAUGGCACUACGCGCCUCCAGCAACGAUCCUGCGGACAUUGAGCAGUGCUGGAUCAACGAGGGCAGCUAUAUGAAUGUGCUUGUUUAUCCCGUGUACGUAUCCACCAUGUUGAACCUGCUCUUCCUAUUUAACAUCGUGCGAGUGCUCCUCAUGAAGCUGCGCGCCAGACCCGCCGUCGGAACACGCCCAUCGCGAUUCAUGCUGCAGGCUUUCAGAUCAACGUUAUUGUUAGUACCUCUCUUGGGUCUUUACUAUUUAGUGAUUCCAUUUCGGCCGCCCGAAAAGCAUCCUUGGGAGCAGUUUUACGAAGUCCUUUCUGCGAUCAUAGCUUUCUUCCAGGGCCUCUGUGUGGCGGUACUUAUCGGCUUUUGCAACGGGGAGGUAAUGGCGCAGUUCAAGAGGAAGUGGGAGAACAACGUGCUGUUGCGGAAAUGAAUUAACUCCUGCACGACCACGACUGUCUCGGUAUGUGAUAUUGACGAAAAGUUCGGGAUGGGUUUUUGCGGCCGAGGAUCGAUUUUAAACGCCACCCAGCUUUCUCACUUACUUUCUCACGCAAGGAAAAACUCCCGUUGAGGAAUAAAACCCGGUCGAGAGCGGAUGGAUCAAGAGGAAUGCGGCGAGGAUGCAUUCUCUACAAAUUGAAUUCGUUAUCUCUAAAAUCACGGGAUUAAUUGACAAGUCUCCCUGCUCCUGCCUAUUCUAUCUCGUCGUCUGUGUACUCUUGCUAACCUGUUGUUCUUCAUUUUCUCUUUAUGCGAACGACUGAACCAACAAUCUCUCACCCAAACGCUUCCACGCGAUGAAGCCGAUGAUCGACAGCUCUCUGCUAGUAUUUGUUAUUUUGCUUGCAA